AUGGACCGAGCGAGCCCGAUCCGAGAAGCCGAAUGCGGCCGUCCCCUGCACCGUCAGAUCACUACCCCGUUCGCCUCUCCACGCCAGCGUAAUCCACCAUCUGUUGACCAGCGAUUUCAACCUGGAGGCUACGACCAACAUCCCAUUUACGGUACCCACACUGACCCCCUUGACCACCCAUUUGAUACCCCAGCGCCAGUUGUGACACCAACUGGUGCCACCAACCUGCCCCUGUCCCCGAUGACGACUAUAUGGGACAAGGCGACGGGCGCGGAUUUGUGUACACCGCGCCGGCGCUCCCUUACCGCCCUCCUUCAACGUCUCGACCAAGUCGGAGUGGCGGACUUUCAUCCGCCAAAGCGUGUGGUUUUGUGGGUCAUGGCCAACCACGACUAUCGUGACAUCACGGAGGCAGAGUGGGUCGCAUGGUUUGGCAAGGCGUUUAAAGAGGAGCCUCAAGACCUGGAAGUGCUCAAGAAGAUUUUGACCACGGCGAACCGAUUCGACACGACCAUCCUGGACGCCGACUCGCGCAUUGGCAUUGACAACCUGAUGCGAGCUUUGGAGCGCAACGACCAAGCGUCGACGAUCACUUGGCCUGCAGAAGUUGUUCCACACCAGCUGGCCCUCCAACGCAACAAGCCGUUGAAGACCGACGUGAACCAUUUCCUGGACUGGCUGCGCGUGCAUACCGCCGGCGGUACUAGCAGCAGUGGGUCUCUUUGUGGCGAUGAAGAUGAAGGCUUGACCGCGGACCUCUUCCAGAAGCUGCGACUCCUCCUGGUCAAGCACUGCGAUGUAUUCCACCUGGAGAUCAGCCACGACGAGCCGAUCAAGGUGGAGCCGCUGCGGACACAUGUGCGCGAGCUCGAAGCAGCCAGUCUGGUGUACCACAACAAUCGCGCAACAUGGGCCUCGGCGCUGGGCAUAGUACCCAACAAAGACCCUGGUGACUUGCGCAUGACCAUCGACAGCCGGCGCAUCAACGUGUACACGGAGCCUAUGCCGAAACUCGAUGCCGACCUGACUGCCUUGGUAGACGCACGAACGUUCGUCACCAUCGAUUUGUUCAAGGUCUACUGGCAGCUGGCGCUCCAUGAAGAUUCCCAAAUGUACCACUCCUUCAUGACCCCCUUUGGAGUGUACACGACCACAAGAGUGCUUAUUGGCCAGACCGACGUGGUCGUGUUCUGUCAGUCGGCGGUGGACUUCAUGACCCAAAAAAGACCCCUUGCCUGGCUCGACGACAUGCUAGGUUACGCCGAGACCCCAGAUGACAUCCUCGACCUCUUUGACCAAGUCCUCACGAUCGGCUCCUCCUUCGUCCUGAAGCUCAACCCGAAGAAGUGCGACUUCUUCCUGGCCAAGACCGUCUGGUGCGGCAAAGUGGUAUCAAUUGAAGGCGUCCAGCACUCCCGCACAAGAAUCCAAGGACUGUAA